AGCGAGCGGCAUGAUCGCUUGCCAGAUUGAGCACGUACUCAUUGUCGUACUCUCAAAAGCUCAUGAGCAUAUUGCUUUGCCGCUCGACUGAUUCAUAUUUACAUAGAUUUGUGAGUACAUUUGGGUGAGUUGGCAUUUGAGUGGCGCGGUAUUUGGUGUUUUUUGAGUUUUGUUUGGCUUGUUUUUCGAGAUUUGAUUUUUAAGCAACGAAACGGUACGUUUUCGGUUUUAGUUGAAAUUGGCAAACGAAACUUGAAACAACGUUUUCGGUUUUGAAAGCGGUCGAAAACUAGAGUGUCAAAGCGAUGAACCAAAAGAAAGGUGUUCUUAAAAUUUUCAUGCGAAAUAUUCAAGUUGAAAAAAGAAAAUAAAUAAAAGCAAAUAAAUUUGAAUAUUGACGGUGAAAAGUGUCGCUUGUAACAUAUAAAUUUCUCACUGCAUUGUCAAUGACGAAAGUGCUCGCUGUGAGUGUGUGUAAGAUUGUAACACAUUUACAAUAAAGUGUAAGGUGUGCAAAAGCAAACUGACAAAAUUCAUAAGUUGGCACAGUUUUGUCAUUAACAGCAGAAGCAUAUAUGUAUGUAUGUAGGUGAAUAUUCUUGAGCAAAAAUAUUAUUUGCAAAAAAAAGUAACUUUAAAGUGUUUUGAAAGUGAGUGGCGACGUUUAAAAACAAUAUUUUUUGUUUUGUUUCUUGCUGUUUUCACCCAACGAGAUUCUGACAUUCAUUUUUGGUGUACCAAUAUUGCAAACAAGUCAAGCAAAAAUCAAAAGUUUAACUAAACUUAACUCCAACAGUUGAUUUCCCACAUCACCGGAGGGGAAAGCGAAUAUCCUUCAACCAAUAUCCUUUCAGAAGGCAUUAGAGUUAUAUAAGAGAAAAAGCAAUAAAGCGAAAAAUCAAUAACUGUCAACAACGAUGGACGUUAGAAAGUAUUUGGGUUUAUUGGCGUUGAUGCUGCUCUCCGUGCUGGCAUUCCACAGCAGCCCCGUGGAGGCGUGCAGUUGCAUGCCCAGCCAUCCCCAGACACACUUUUGCGAAGCUGAUUAUGUUGUCUUAGUACGUGUUAUGCGCAAAUCCUUGCGUCUCGUUGAAAAUAGCGUCGCCUACAAAGUACAGGUGAAGAAGUCUUAUAAGAUGAAUGAAAUUGGCCAAAAAAUGCUCAAGCACGGACGCAUUAUAACGCCAAACUCCGACACCAUGUGUGGCGUGAAUAUGAAUAUAGGCAAAUUGUAUGUGAUUGCUGGUCGCGGACAAUAUUUAAAUAGUUGCAGUUAUGUAAAGGAGUAUGUGAAGAUGUCGACAGUGGAGAGACGUGGAUUCACCGGUACCUACUACAAGGGUUGCAAAUGUGCGAUCAAACCCUGUUUCGGCAACAGUUGCUUAGAUCAAAGUCAAUCGGCAAUUUCAUGCAAAUGGUCACCUUUCGCCAAGUGUGAGACAGACUUUAGUGCCUGCAUCCCCACCAGAUAUCGCACACCCGAAGGUAUAAUCGCCAAGUGUCAUUGGCGAAGAACGCCGGCAUAUAAAAAGUGCAUGGCCGAUCCAUAAGCAGCACAGAGAAUGCAAAGGCUGGGAUGUAAAUGAGGAGAGCAAUUCCUCUAUUUCAAACAUAUUGAGAGCUAAAUUUACAUUUGUAGAGAGAGGGGAAAAGAGAGAGAGUUUUAACUCGAUACCUUCGAUUAACGAAAUUCGCUGUUAGUUAUGUGUAGUAGAUUAGUUAUCGUUUUACGAAAUCAUUAUUUAUUUAUUAUUAACAUGCUAUAAAUAAUAGUAUAUACUUAUACAUAUGUUUAUCAGAAUUGUAGUUAUUAUAAACAAACAGCAUUUCCAUUUCUUUACAUUUCACAAUUACACAUGUACAUUGAAAUCACCUGAAAAUUUAAUUUAAUUUAAAAAAAUAGUUUUUUAUAUUUAAUUCACCUGAAAGUUGAAUAUAAUAAAAAAAAUAUUUUUAAACUUUCAAUUUCAUUAAAAAAAAUUAUUUUUAUUUCUAAUUCACAAGAAAGUUUAAUUUCAUUGAAAAAAAUGUAAUAUUUUUUUAUUUAUUUAUUGCCAAACGCUAACAGUUUACUUUCAUUUCAUGCUUUAAAAAAAUAAGUAUUUUUUUAAAUUCUCUUUUGUUUACAAAUUCUUUCUCUUAUUUUUUACACAUUUUUCCCCACAUCCAUUUUCACAAUUUUCUUUACUUUCUGCUCUCUCCCAUUCAAUUAGAGCUUUAACUGUAUGUACAUAAUUAAUAUUAUUAACUGCUAUUUGUAUUUAUUGUAAUAAAGCCACAAAUAAUACAUAUAAAACCCUGCGUAUAUAUUU